AUGUCAGGCUCCGUCUCACAAGCAGACAACAGAGACAAAAACAACACUUUGACCAGGCACACCACCAACGGCACCAACAACACCAACAACACCAUCAGCACCAACAGCACCAACACAAACAGUGGAAAGCAACAAUGUCACCCCAGAGAAAUCAACUCAUUAUGGAAGACCUAUCAGUAUGCCAAAACGCUACCGCAGCUGCAGCUGCAGGUGCACCCCAACCUGUCAGCCAAGGAGGGAGCUCUGCAGCACAUCGAAGAGCUGAUCCUGCAGCUGCUCAAACAUGCUGGUGUGUGGCCCAGCCGCGCUCUGUACAGGACGUGGAGGUGCAGCUGCAGGUGCACACCCAACCUGUCAGCCAAGGAGGGAGCUCUGCAGCACAUCGAAGAGCUGAUCCUGCAGCUGCUCAACAUGCUGUGUGUGGCCCAGCCGCGCUCUGUACAGGACGUGGAGGAGCGGGUCCAGAAGACCUUCCCCCACCAAGAUAAGGCCAUAGCUGACGCCCAGUCGGCCAUCGAGAAGAGGAAGAGGAGGAACCCUCUACUGCUCCCCGUCGAUAAGAUACACCCCCUACUCAAGGUACUGUCACUGGAGUAUAAGAUAGACUACCACGUCUGCCUCUACAUCGUGGCGGUGCUAGAGUACAUAUCGGCUGACAUCUUGAAGCUAGCAGGAAACUACGUUGGUAACAUCAGACACUAUGAGAUCAGCCAGCAAGACAUCAAGGUGUCCAUGUGUGCAGACAAGGUCCUAAUGGACAUGUUUGACCAGGACGAGGACAUCGGUCUGGUGUCUCAGUGUACGGAGGAGCCGUCGUCGUGCGGGGAGCUGACCUACGACGACCUGGUGCGCCUGGAGAUCGCAGAGGAGCGUCAGUACCUGCGGGAGCUCGACCUCAUCAUCAAGGUGUUCCGACAUCACUUCCUGUCACACAACAAGAUCUUCACGCCUCAGGAUGUGGAGGUGAUUUUCAGUAAUAUCUUGGACAUCCAUGAGUUGACGCUCAAGCUGCUGGGCCUGAUCGAAGACGCAGUGGAGAUGACCGCUGACGGUAGUCCACAUCCUUUGGUGGGCAGCUGCUUCGAGGACCUGGCAGAGGAGCAGGCGUUUGACCCGUACGAGACCCUGUCUCAGGACAUCCUGUCCAGGCAGUUCCACGAGCACUUCAGCAGUCUGAUGGCCCGGCCUACUGUAGGACUAUACUUCCAGCAACUGCAGGAGCACAGUGAGGAGCAGGAUGACAGGGAGUGUUUGAAGCAGGCCAUCACCGCUCUGCUCAACCUCCAGUGUAGCGUGGAACGCAUCUACGCCAAACACCUGCCUCGACGCAAACCUGGUGAACCCAUGUACCGUCUGUACAGCCGUCAGGUGCGCAGCAAGCAGCUGGCCAUCAAGCGGAUGAACGAGAUCCAGAAGAGCAUCGAUGGCUGGGAGGGGAAGGAUAUCGGCCAGUGCUGUUCCGAGUUUAUCCUGGAGGGGGCGCUCCUCCGCGCCGGCGCCAAACACGAGCGACACAACUUCCUGUUCGACGGCCUCAUGAUCAGCUGCAAGGCCAAUCAGAGCUCCCGACUCCCCGGUUCUGGAAGCGGGGCAGAGUUCCGUCUCAAGGAGAAGUUCGUCCUGCGGAAAGUCCGCAUCGUGGACCGCGAGGACUCGGUGGAGUUCAAACACGCCUUCGAACUCGUCGGUAAAGACGAGAACUGUGUGGUGUUCUGCGCCCGCUCGGCGGAGGAGAAAGGGGCUUGGAUGGCGGCGCUGGUGACCCUGCAGUACCGCUCCACGCUGGACCGUAUGUUGGACACGGUUCUGCAGCACGAGGAGCAGGCUCAGCCCCUCCGCCUGCCCUCGCCAGAGCUAUACCGCUUCGCUGUGCACGACUCAGAGGAGAACAUCGUGUUUGAAGAUCGCGUCCAGAGCAAGACGGGGAUACCCAUUAUUAAAGCAGGCACGGUGGUCAAGCUUAUAGAGAGGCUCACCUACCACAUGUACGCUGAUCCCAACUUUGUGCGCACUUUUCCCACCUACCGGUCCUUUUGCAAGCCCCAGGAGCUCCUCGCCUCUUUAGAGCCCGUGGACCCUGGUCUGAGUAAGCCCUGUGGACCCCGGUCUGGAGUAGAGCCUGUGGACCCCCGGUCUGGAGUAGAGCCCUGUGACCCUGGUCUGGGAUUGAGUCCAGAGCGGAGCCCACCAGGCAGACACAAGCAGGCUCUAUGGAACGGAGAUCAGCCAAUGGCUGCAGAGCUACAGAGGUUCCGGAGGGAGUACGUCCAACCGGUCCAACUCAGGGUCCUGAAUGUGUUCCGUCAGUGGGUGGAGCAUCAUUUCUAUGACUUUGAGAACGACCCCGAGCUACGAGGCCGACUGGAGGAGUACAUCAGCAGCAUUAUACAACUACGAGGCAAGUCUAUGAGGAAGUGGGUGGAGUCCAUCAACAAGAUCAUCAAGAGGAAGAUGCAGACUCAGUCCAACGGGGUCAGCCACAACAUCACCUUCGAGAGCCCGCCGCCGCCCAUCGAGUGGCACAUCAGCCGCCUGGGCCAGACGGACACCUUUGACCUCAUGACCCUUCACCCCAUAGAGAUCGCCCGCCAGCUCACCCUGUUGGAGUCAGAGCUAUACAGGGCUGUGAGGCCAUCUGAGCUGGUGGGGAGUGUCUGGACCAAAGAGGACAAAGAGAAUAACUCUCCCAACCUGCUGAGGAUGAUCCGCCACACCACCAACCUCACACUGUGGUUUGAGAAGUGUAUUGUGGAAGCAGAGAACCUGGAUGAGAGGGUAGCAGUGUUCACACGGGUCAUUGAGAUCCUCCAGGUGUUUCAGGAGCUCAACAAUUUCAACGGUGUUCUGGAGGUGGUCUCUGCCAUCAACUCUGUCCCCGUCUACCGGCUCGAUCACACCUUUGAGGCGGUCCCCGAAAGGAAAAAGCGGAUCCUAGAGGAAGCAGUGGAACUGAGCCAGGACCAUUUCAAGAAGUACCUGGCCAAGCUCAAGUCCAUUAACCCGCCUUGUGUGCCUUUCUUUGGUAUCUACUUGACCAACAUCCUGAAGACAGAGGAAGGGAACCCCGACUUCCUGAAGAGACACGGCAAAGAGCUGAUCAACUUCAGUAAGAGGAGGAAAGUAGCAGAAAUCACAGGAGAGAUACAGCAGUACCAGAACCAGCCUUACUGUCUCAAGGUCCAGCAGGACAUCAAGAGGUUUUUUGAGAACCUGAACCCGAUGGGCAGUCUGGGUGAGAAGGAGUUCUCGGACUAUCUGUUCAACAAGUCUCAGGAGAUUGAGCCUCGCAACUGCAAGCAGCCGCCACGAUUCCCCAGGAAGACCCUGUACCCUCUGAAGUCCCCGGGGAUCCGGCCGGUGCGUACCUCUACGUCAGGGACCCUGAAGGGCCACCCCGUACCCCUGGAGAGAGAGCCCCCCCACAAGAUCACCUUCAGGAGCAUCGCUGAGACGGAYCCUGAGACCUCUUCCACAGCCCCCACCUCACCCAUGUGGAAGCCUUCACCAGCUAGGAGAGAACUUACUCAAACCUCCUCCACUUCCCCCGCGUAGGAAGGAUGCUUUCUCUGAGGCCAAGACACCUCCUCACUUAUCCGAAGAGACCCCAGAGAUCUUCAUCAACUACCCCCUGAACCUUCAACCCCCUGUCGGACGCUUCCACUGGGACUUUGGCAGCUCCCCGUCGUCCCCCGGCACGCCCCCGGGCACCCCUCUCCCGCGUCCCCGACGGAGCGCCCCUCAGCGCUAGUCAGAACAGUCUCUGCCCGCUCCCGCUGCCCAUCAUGGCGCCCCCUGUGCCCCUCGCCACAACUCCAACUCUCCUCCCCAGCUCCCCAAACUCCCCCCAAAGACCUACAAGAGGAGCUGUUGCCGCCCGUUACAGGCCUCUCAUUGGUGGAGAACACGGACACUAGCCAAUGAGGAGCCUUCUGCUUCUUUUGUUGUUAUUGUUUUUGUUGUCAACAUGGAGCCUUUGAGUUGCUCCACACAAUACAAAACUACAAACAAACUAUGUCCUACAUUAAACUAUGAACUAAUGACCUGCAUCAGACUAUGAACUAUGACCUGAUGCACUGGGCGGAUAAAAACAAACAAACGAAUCAUGAUUUUUAAAGCUACUGAUCGUAAAGAAGACUUAGUUUCCAACCACACUCCAAACCCGCCAACUCAUCUCCUGCCAACGCCUCUCAGGAAUCAGUAGCUCCGCCUUCAUGCCAAUAGAAAAUUACACCACAGUGUGCCAGCCAAUGAACAAGUAGCCUCAAGACACUGAUUCAAACUCCUCCUCUUCUGUGUGUGUGUGUGUGUGUGUGUGUGUGUGUGUGUGUGUGUGUGUGUGUGUGUGUGUGUGGUGUGUGUGUGUGUGUGUGUGUGUGUGUGUGUGUCACAUACCUGUACACAUCACAUCACAUGUCAUUGUGUUUCUUUCUUGGUACAGACAUCCCACUCUGUGCUAGAGUGGACAGGAUAGUAAGAUAUGCUCUGGCAGUCGCCCUCUUCCUACCCUGACAAGUAUUUUGAUGUUUUCCCCCCCCCGGGCUCUCCAGCCUGUCCUGGUCCAGUGUGGUAACCCCCAUACUCUUGUGGUUCCGUUGUUCCAUUGGCACACUGUAGUGCUAGGAACAGCAUUCACUCACUCCACCCAGGAGUCAGUCCUGUCCUGUCCUGUGGCUCGCAGACUUGACGGACUGACAGUCACUGGACUUAUUCGGACCUCGCUGCUCUUUUAAUGAUCAAACUUAUCAAUUGCUCUUAGUUCUGUCUGGAGCAAGCAUGAGCAGAGUGUUUUCAGAAUCCUGAGGCCURUCAACUCUUCCCAUUGUGUUCUGUUGUUCUUCUACUAAACUCUAACUUAGUAGCCAAAGUUUGUAUUUGAUGCAGGGGGAUAACUAAGGGAUACAUAGUUUUUUUUGUUGAGGAAUGAUAAGACAAACUAAAAAUAAGAUGCAAAUUAUAUUUCAUUCAUUCAGAACUGACUGAAAGCGAUUUGCUACGGUGUGCGACUAAUGAAUAAACCCCCCUCCCUGGUCGUAGCUACACCCUCUACUUCAGAUGUUAGCCUUUAAUCCCACAGCACUGACCUCUAACCUAUAACCUGAGGCAGGGAGCCAUUCAGAAUGAGGGAGAGAGACAGACGGAUGGGAGGACCGAUUGACGGAGAGUGUAGGGUAGGAUCCACUUGCACAUUUAGCUGGGGCAGGGCAGCGUUGUCUACCCUCAUCAGUCAUAUGAUGGAGAAGUCUGUCUGUGUCUGGACUAUAGAAAACGAUAGAGGCCUCUAGUGGCCAAAAGGCUAUAUUAGCAUGGGCAGCGCCA